AUGCCUCGGCGGCUGCAGGAGGAGCUGGCCGCCUUCUUCUUCGAGUACGACACACCGCGAAUGGUUCUGGUGAGAAACAAGAAGGUGGGCAUCAUCUUCCGCCUCAUUCAGCUCGUGGUGCUGGUCUACGUGGUGGGGUGGGUGUUCGUGUUCGAGAAAGGCUAUCAGACUUCGAGCAACCUCAUCAGCAGCGUGUCAGUGAAGCUCAAGGGUCUGGCUAUUACACAGCUCCCAGGCCUAGGCCCCCAGGUGUGGGAUGUGGCCGACUAUGUCUUCCCUGCUCAGGGGGACAGCUCCUUUGUAGUCAUGACUAAUUUCAUCGCCACUCUUCAUCAGGCUCAAGGCUACUGUGGAGAGCACCCAGAAGGAGGGAUAUGCACAGAUGACAGCAACUGCAUUCCAGGGAAGGCAGAAAGGAAGGCCCAAGGCAUCCGCACAGGCAAGUGUGUGGCCUUCAAUGACACGGUGCAGACCUGUGAGAUUUUUGGCUGGUGCCCUGUGGAGGUGGACGAUAAUAUCCCCCGCCCUGCUCUUCUCCAGGAAGCUGAGAACUUCACUCUCUUCAUCAAGAACAGCAUCAGCUUUCCCCGCUUCAAGGUCAACAGGCGUAACCUGGUAGAGGAGGUGAAUGCUCGAUACAUGAAGACUUGCCUCUAUCACAAGGAGUUGCACCCACUCUGCCCUGUUUUCAAGCUUGGCUAUGUGGUCCAAGAGUCAGGCCAGAAUUUUAGCACCCUGGCUGAAAAGGGUGGUGUAGUGGGCAUCACCAUUGAUUGGAACUGUGACCUGGACUGGCAUGUGAGACACUGCAAACCCAUCUACGAGUUCCACGGGCUGCAUGAAGGCAAAAGCCUGUCUCAGGGCUUCAACUUCAGGUUUGCUAGGCACUUCGUGGAGAACAAAACCAAUCACCGGCAUCUGUUCAAGGUGUUUGGGAUCCGCUUUGAUAUCCUGGUGGAUGGCAAGGCUGGCAAGUUUGACAUCAUCCCCACCAUGACCACCAUCGGUUCUGGGAUUGGCAUCUUUGGGGUGGCAACUGUUCUCUGUGACCUGCUACUGCUCCACAUCCUGCCCAAGCGGCACUACUACAAGCAGAAGAAGUUCAAGUAUGCAGAGGACAUGGAACCCGAGGGGGGUGAGCGUGAUCCUGGGGCCACCAGCUCCACCCUAGGCCUGCAGGAGAACAUGAAGACAUCCUGACCCUUGGUCCCCAUCCUUGAUGAUGCAGAAAGAGGCUUCUGGUGGGGGCCUGGUGGAUGCAGGCCAGCAAAGCAGCAGCUCAGAGCAGACACCGAUCACUACCAGCACA